CGCGCCUCUUAAGCCGAAGCUGUGGUCUGUACCAGGCGGUCGUAAAAGGACGCGUGACUGGUAAGAACGACGGAGCUGCGCUUUCAGAGAAGACAAAGCUGGCCAUCAAAGUAUUCCUUUACCGUUUUCUCCAGCAAGUCUUGUUAUGCCCGUUAUUGGACGUUCUCUGACGCUCUGAUUCUUCAGGCAGCUCAUCUCAAAGUAUAACUUGAAGAAGCUUGCGAAUAGCGGAAGAAAAUGUCCCAUAAAAGCUCUAAGGAAAUCAGGAAAGUAAACAUUUCUAGCUCCUUGGAGUCUGAAGAUAUUAGCUUAGAAACCACAAUACCAACCGAUGAUGUUUCCUCCUCUGAGGAGAGAGAAGGUACUGUUAAAAUCACGAAGCAGUUGAUUGAACGGAAAGAGUUGCUCCAUAAUCUUCAGCUGCUUAAAAUAGAAUUAUCUCAAAAAAACUUGAUGAUUGACAACUUGAAAGUAGAAUAUUUGACCAAGAUUGAAGAGCUAGAAGAGAAGCUUAAUGAUGCAAUCCAUCAAAAGCAGCUGUUGUCUUUACGACUGGAUACUCAGCUGGCAUUACAGCAAGAAGAUGCUAGAAAACACCAGGCUCUAAUGAAACAAGAAAUGGAAACUAUUUUAUUGAGACAGAAGCAACUGGAGGAAACAAAUCAUCAGUUAAGGGAGAGGGCUGGAGAUAUCCGUCGUAGCUUGCGAGACUUGGAAUUAACAGACGAUUGCUAUGAGAAGCUAAAGUCUCUUCCUGAAGAUCAGCUUUCUAUCCCUGAGUAUGUUUCUAUCCGAUUCUAUGAAGUAGUCCAUUCCUUAAGAAAAGAGCUAAGUGAUCUACAGAUGAAAAAGGAAAGCCUAACAAAAGAACUAAGUGGGUACAAAUCCCAGCUGAAGUGUCUGACAGAGAGCUAUGAAGAGGAGAGGAGGAAUCGGUCAGAGCUUGAGGUUAGAUGCCAGCGUUUAGCACUGGAACUGGCUGAUACCAAGCAGAUGAUUCAGCGAGGUGAUUACAGACAAGAGAACUAUGAUAAAGUAAAAUGUGAACGUGAUGUAUUUGAACAUGAAUUGUCAGAACUCAGAAGAAAAUAUGAAAUAUUAGAGGUGUCAAACAAAGCACAAGCUAAAGAAAGAAAUGACUUAUCAAAAGAGCUGGCAACCAUACAACAAUCUCUCAGUUUGUUGCAAAAAGAUAAAGAUUAUCUUAAUCGCCAGAACAUGGAGCUUAGUGUUCGCUGUGCACAUGAAGAAGAUCGUCUUGAAAGACUUCAGAUUCAGCUAGAGGAUGCCAAAAAAGCUAGGGAAGAAAUGUAUGAAAAAUACGUUGCAUCCAGAGACCACUAUAAAACAGAAUAUGAAAAGAGACUGCAUGAAGAGUUGGAGCAAAUAAGGUUGAAAACAAAUCAAGAAAUUGAGCAACUAAGAAGCACUUCAAAAGAGAUGUAUGAACGUGAAAACAGAAAUUUGAGAGAAGCGAGAGAUAAUGCUGUUGCUGAAAAAGAAAGAGCAGUUACUGCUGAAAAGGAUGCUUUAAGAAAAUAUGAUCAACUCUUAGAACAAUAUAGACAAAUGCAGCUUGGCACAGAAAGCAAAGUAGCUGAACUUCUUCACCAAACUAAGUUAAAGUCCUUCGAAAGUGAACAUGUUCAACUCAUGCAACAAGAAACAGCUAAAAAUCUUUCACAAUGCCAAAUGGAAUGUGAGAAAUAUCAGAGAAAGCUGGAGGUACUUACUAAGGAAUUUUAUAGUCUUCAGUCUUCUAGUGAAACACGCAUUAUUGAACUUCAAACACAGAAUUCUGAGUUUCAAGCAAGGCUAGAUACUUACGAAAAACUUGAAAAAGAGCUUGAUGAGAUAAUAUUACAGACAGCAGAAAUGGAAAAUGAAGUUGAAGCUGAAAGGGUUCUCUUCUCUUAUGGGUAUGGUGCUAAUGUUCCUACAACAGCCAAAAGACGACUGAAGCAAAGUGUUCACUUGGCAAGGAGGUUACUGCAGCUAGAAAAGCAAAACUCAUUGCUUGUAAAAGAUCUGGAACAUCAGAAGGAACAAGUAACACAGAUUUCACAAGAGCUUGACAGAGCAAAUUCUUUGUUGAAUCAAGUACAACAGCCAUACAAAUAUCUCAUUGAAACUGUGCAACAGAGAGAUUCUCAAAUAAGUCUACAGAAAGAACAUAUCGCACAACUUGAAAAAGAUGUCAGUCUUUUAAAUAAAGAAAAGACAGCUUUGCUGCGUGUCAAGAAUCAAAUGGCAGCAGAUUUGGAGAGACUUCUAAAUCACCGUGAGGAACUAGCCACAAUGAAACAGAUUCUAAUUAGUCUGCAUGGUAAACGCUAUGAACAAAAUUUACCUCAGUCUCAUACGGAUGUAAAAAGUGCAACUGCAAAAAACAAAUCAAACCCUUCAGUAAAACUGCUGCCAGAACGUGAAGAAGAAAAUGUGUUUACACCUAAGCCAACAUUAUUUACAAAUAAAGAGGCACCUGUAUGGUACAAGAAGCUGCAGAAGAAAACAUCACCAUAGCAUUUUUCCAAAAUUAUUUAAAGUAAUCCUUUGGGGAGCUUUUCUUUGAAGAAAGUUAUUUUCACCAUAAUGAUGGCCUUUUUACCAUAAAAGCAAACAAAUGUUUUGGUUUUAACUGUUCUUUUAUACCUGUCAAAUGAUCUUAUGGUUCAUAAAAUUAUUUUUAGAUCUGUCAUGUGAAUAAAAUGUGUGGAAAUAAUGCAUGCAAUGAUUUUACUAACAUAUAUUUGAAUUUUAAAAGAUAAAUAAACACUAGCAU